AUGGAUGGUGGAUAUGGAAAAAAACAAAAUCAAUGGCUGAACAUUACCACGACAUCCAGGCCAUCCACCAAGGUAUCCACCAACACAUUCACCAAGGUAUCCACCAACACAUCCACCAGGGUAUCCACCAACACAUCCACCAAGGUAUCCACCAAUACAUCCACCAGGGUAUCCACCAACACAUCCACCAGGGUAUCCACCAACACAUCCACCAGGGUAUCCACCAACACAUCCACCAGGGUAUCCACCAACACAUCCACCAAGGUAUCCACCAAUACAUUCACCAAGGUAUCCACCAACACAUCCACCAAGGUAUCCACCAACACAUCCACCAAGGUAUCCACCAAUACAUUCACCAAGGUAUCCACCAACACAUCCACCAAGGUAUCCACCAAUACAUUCACCAAGGUAUCCACCAACACAUUCACCAAGGUAUCCACCAAUACAUCCACCAAGGUAUCCACCAACACAUCCACCAGGGUAUCCACCAACACAUCCACCAAGGUAUCCACCAACACAUUCACCAAGGUAUCCACCAACACAUUCACCAAGGUAUCCACCAACACAUCCACCAGGGUAUCCACCAACACAUCCACCAAGGUAUCCACCAAUACAUUCACCAAGGUAUCCACCAACACAUCCACCAAGGUAUCCACCAACACAUCCACCAAGGUAUCCAUCAACACAUCCACCAAGGUAUCCACCAACACAUCCACCAAGGUAUCCACCAACACAUCCACCAAGGUAUCCACCAACACAUCCACCAAGGUAUCCAUCAACACAUCCACCAAGGUAUCCACCAACACAUCCACCAAGGUAUCCACCAACACAUCCACCAAGGUAUCCACCAACACAUCCACCAAGGUAUCCAUCAACACAUUCACCAAGGUAUCCACCAAUACAUCCUCCAGGGUAUCCACCAACACAUCCACCAAGGUAUCCACCAACCCAUCCACCAACACAUCCACCAAUUUACUCAAAUACCCAUCCACCAAGGUAUCCACCAACCCAUCCACCAAGGUAUCCACCAGCCCAUCUACCAAGGUAUCCACCAUCCCAUCCACCAAUUUACUCACCAACCCAUCUACCAAGGUAUCCACCAACCCAUCCACCAAUUUACUCACCAACCCAUCCACCAAGGCAUCCACCAACCCAUCCACCAAUUUACUCACCAACCCAUCUACCAAGGUAUCCACCAACCCAUCCACCAAUUUACUCACCAACCCAUCCACCAAGGCAUCCACCAACCCAUCCACCAAUUUACUCACCAACCCAUCUACCAAGCUCAUCCACCAAGGCAUCCACCAACCCAUCCACCAAGGUAUCCACCAACCCAUCCACCAAUUUACUCACCAACCCAUCCACCAAGGCAUCCACCAACACAUCCACCAAUUAACUCAACAACCCAUCCACCAAGGCAUCCACAAAGUUACUCACCAACCCAUCCACCAAGGCAUCCACCAAAUAACUCAACAGCCCAUCCACCAAGGCAUCCACCAACCCAUCCACCAACCCAUCCACCAAUUUACUCACCAACCCAUCCAAAAAGGCAUCCACCAAAGCAUCCACCAAUUAACUCAACAACCCAUCCACCAAGGCAUCGACCAAUUAACUCAACAACCCAUCCACCAAGGCAUCCACCAACCCAUCCACCAAGGCAUCCACCAACCCAUCCACCAAGCCAAGAGAUCUUCACGCUGA